AUGUCUGUUUUUAGCUGGCUGAUCAUUCUUUCCCUCUUAAUCCUCUGUUUCUGGAAGAACAAACGUCCCAAAGGUUUCCCCCCUGGACCAUGGAGGUUGCCCCUGCUUGGGAAUCUGCUUUAUUUCAGUAAGAGGGACCCACUCAAAGCGUUGGAUCAGCUGGGAAAAAAAUAUGGUCCUGUCUUCAGUCUUUAUUUUGGAAGAACCCCUGUGGUCUUCACUCAUGGGUUUCCUUCAGCAAAGAAGGUCCUUGUGACAAAAGGCACAGAAUUUGCUGGGAGGGCAGAAUUUCCUAUAAUGGAUGCCAUCACUAACAAAAAAGGUAUCCUGACAUUAGGAUAUGGUGAAAUAUGGAAAGAGCAAAGAAGGUUUUCACUGAUGCUUCUCAGAAACUUGGGAAUGGGCAAAAAGUCAAUGGAAGAGAAGAUCCUGGAGGAGGCAUCAUAUUUGAUUCAAGUGUUUACAGAAAACAUAAGUAUGCCUUUUGAUCCUUAUGAGUUUGUGAACACUGCAGUCAUCAAUAUAAUUUCUACUAUACUCUUUGGGAAACGUUUUGAAUAUGACAACAGGUUUCUCAGGACUCUCCUGGAUGAAAUACAUCGAAGUUCCAAAGUGACAGCAGGACCCUGGGGCUUGCUUUACAAUGAGUUUCCCUUGGUGAGACGCCUCCCCCUGCCCCACCAGACAGUGCUAGCAACUGCAAAGAAAGUAGAUGUUUUUAUUAAAAAGGAGGUGGAAGAGCACAAGGUGACCAUGAUUCCAGGAGAACCUCGAGAUUUCACCGAUUCGUAUUUAGAAGAAAUGCAGAAGCCAGAGAAGAAUGGUUCAAGCUUUGAGGAAGGACAACUGGAAAUCUUACUGUCUGACCAACUUGUGGCUGGAACAGAAACCAUGUCAGGAACACUGCAGUGGGGAUUUCUCUAUUUGAUGGCCUUUCCAAAGAUCCAAGAGAAAUGCUGGAAGGAAAUAGACACAGUUCUGGGAAACAAAGCAAGCCUGAAGUAUGAAGACAGAGAAAAAUUGCCCUACACAAAUGCCGUCAUUCAUGAAAUCCAGCGUGUUUCAAAUGUUGUUCCUCUUGGGCUACCUCAUGCACCUAUUAAAGACAUGCAGCUUUUUGGAUAUAAAAUUCCCAAGGACACCAUGGUUUUUGUCAAUAUCCAGUCUGCUCAUUGUGAUGAAUCCCAGUGGAAGUUCCCCAAUGAGUUCAACCCAUCCAACUUCCUGAAUGAAGAAGGAGAGUUUGUGAAGCCGGAAGCCUUCUUGCCAUUUUCAGCAGGACCGAGAGUCUGCUUAGGGGAAAACCUGGCCCGGAUGGAGCUCUUCUUCUUCUUCACCAGCAUUCUCAGGAAUUUCCAGUUAUCAUGGCCAGAUAAAUCCCAAGCUCCAGAUUUUACACCACACUUGGGGAUUACACAGUUGCCAUCUCGCUUCAAGGUGUUGCUGAAGUGUCGCCAGCCCUGUGAACAGGUGUAA